UCCGUGGUAAAUUAACGUGUUUUUGAUGAUCUGUGAAAAGUUUACGGUUAAUUGUAACAUAAUGCCGUUACAGUAGCAUACCACCCACCGCUGUAUUGCCCACGUGUAGUGUUGUGUUUUCUUCUUCUUUGGGUGGUAUGUGAACAAAAAUCCAUUCCACCCCCACCAUACGUUGCCAGGCGUAAAUAUUUUCGCAAUCUUCAUGAUCACUACCUUGGUACCUCCUGCGUACCGCACUCAACCACCGAUGAUCCCGAUUACUAUCGAAUUCUGAUGUCAUCAGCGAAUUUUCAACAAACAUCCGGUUCGAUUGAUAGUUUUUGUGUUUAUUGUUUAUGCUAUGUGGUGCUAGUUGUUACAGGGCAUCAGCGUGAUGCUGCAUUGUUAAUUUGCUUUUGAAGGUGUGCAGUAUUGCGCUGCCUACCCGUAAUAGUGCGUCGAAGUGUGUUUCUGUGUGUGCUGCUGCUAGAAAAUUGUUUGGAAUUGAUUGAGUUGGUGCUGGGUCAUAGUUGGACAUUCGGUUCGGUAUCGUCUCCGCGGAGCUUAUGCGCAUAAUAAACGAGAAGUGUCCACGGGAGUGCAGUUAACCGUGCGGAGGUCAACGUCGGAUUGCCAUCAGCGUUUUGGGGUGCAUAUGUGUAUUUAUGAGUUAGUAGUGAGCACGGUCACCAACGGCUGUAAAGUGCGUUCAUACCCCGGAACGUAAACGGUGAGCAAAAUAUUACGAUCGAGCCACGGGGUAAGCACAAAGAAGCAUAAUUCUCCCGUCGAAUCUAUCCGCGGUUGUUCAUGGUCCAGUGCUUUGAAGCAUAAACAACUUGUAAGCUGUCACGGCGAGAGCGAGAACAGCAUAAGACGCAUCCGGAGAACAAAGAAACUAGGCGAGAAAGUAAAUCAAGUAACAAAAAACAACUUAGCAGGCCAAGAUGACGAACAUGAGACCGCCGAGUAAAAACAUACUGCUAAAAGUGGUCAUUCUAGGCGACGGGAACGUUGGCAAAAGCUGCCUAAUGAAUCGCUUCGUCUCGAACUACUUCGAUGCAAACAGCUUUCAUACGAUUGGUGUGGAAUUUCUGAACAAAGAUAUACAGGUGGAUCAGGAACGGUAUACCCUGCAGAUCUGGGACACAGCCGGCCAGGAGCGGUUUCGUGCGCUGCGGACACCGUUUUACCGUGGUACCGAUAUCUGCCUGCUAACGUACGCUAUUAAUGAUCGGGUCAGCUUCCGUGCGCUAGCCAGCUGGCGUGACGAGUUCCUUCGAUACUACGACGUCAACCCGGACCACUUUCCGUUUGUGGUCGUAGGCACAAAGAACGAUUUGCCACCGACCCAACGCGAAGUUUCACCCGAAGAGGUAUCCCAGUGGUGUCAGGAGCAUCAUGUGACUUCAUACAUAGAAACGUCAGCCAAAACGUCGGAAAACGUUGCGACCGCUUUUGCGCUGGCAGUACAGCAGUGGCGAAAGCUCGAACGAUCUACCGAGCGGGAAUUACGUGCCCAGGGUCAGGAUACGAUCGAUUUGAUGAAGAGUGUUAAUUUGACUGCCAAUCGUAAUCGGUUCUGUUGUGCUGGGCUUGGACGUCCAACGGCCGCUACGAUGCAGGACGACGAUGAUUACCCGAACUGAGACGGUAUCGGUUGUUCGUGUUGUAAGAGUAAGAAGUUUAAGAAUUAUGUGAUAAGAGGUACUGGUCUGAGAUUGGAGGGUAGAAUCAACAGAUGGGCCGUGUGUGUCACUACUGCCGGGAUAUUGCCGGAGUAGGACAGUGUAAAUUUUACCUGUAUGAUUAUGGGCAAGGAACGAAAAGUGCGCACAACUUGUUGACUGGUUUGGAGAACAACAAUUUUCCUGUUUCAAAUUUAAUCUCUACAUGCACAACAAAGUCUUUCAACUGAUGCGACAUUAACCAAACGACUCUAGGCACUAGUACUUUAUCCAAUUGCUGCAAACAGUACUUUACGCCUCAUUGCAGACGCAUUAGUGACUAUAUUUGAUGUACUGGUAUAUACUCUUUUUAAAGCUUCAGUUGGUUGAGGUGAUUUUAGCAUUUAUUUAUUUUGCAGCGUCACAAGCGUCACCCGUAUGGUGAUCAUACACAGGAGAACACAAUCGGAUUGAUUGUUUUCCGGCUUGGGAGGAAGAAGUUGCAUGAAAUGAAGUGCAUAUUUUAUUUUGAAAGCAUUACAACAGAAGGCAUUCGUUAAACGAGGUACCAAUUUUCUGUGUAGGAUUGCGCCAUACACUAGUCAUGUUCCACCAGCACAUGGCAUGCGACGUUGGCCAUUGUCAUUCGCACUAAUCUGCUAAGUUUGGAAGCCAUUCAAAAUGAGCUCAAUGCGUCGUAAAGUUUUUUUUCCUGGCCAUUAUUAUACCAUUAUUUGCGGCCUUGAAAUCGAUUAAGCGAUGGAGCGAGUGGAACUGCUGCUCCGUCAUAUUCUUCAAGACCUGCCGCAUGGUGAACAGUGGUAGAUUUUCCAUUUCGUAAUUCUCUCUGAUAGUUCUCAACUAUCUCUUGGGACAUGCCGAUCUUGUAGAAUAAGGGCUGCUGAUCUCGCCUUUUGUAUACGGUAGAUGAUACCAAGAUUCCAAUUACAAGUAAUCGAUUCACUACCCCAUACCUCAGUAAUAAUUCGAUGCAUUUCAUGUUCUAGUGCUGUACCUCUAUUUUGUAACAGUACGGUUACUAUUCAGGCGGUGCCUGGUGGCUUAUUAUACUUGAGCCGACGGAUGACCUGUCCGGUGUCGUCAAUGCUAGAUGGCAGAAGCAAGAAAUCGUCUGCUAGUGCAGCAUCUGGCCGCUCGUGGAACUGAUCAUUUAGUAAUUCAUCGUAAUACUGAUCCCACCACGAGACGAUCUCUGGCUUGUAGCUGACGAGAUUUCUAUCCUUAUUCCGAUAACAAGUCACCUUAGGUCUGAAGAUGUAUCGGUGCCCUCGAGAUCAUGUUAGGUCAUGCUAGCCAUUUCUGGCUUACUUGACUUAUUUUACUACCUAGCAGAAUAGUCAGUUCUUGCUACGGGGGAUUAGAAUGGAUGGGAUUUUGAUCCGGUCCGUUCGUGUGAACGCUUCAUUCGCCAUCAUGCCACCGGGCCGUCCUCGGCCUUCGGACCGCUACAAAUUCAUAAAAUGCAUUGCAAAAAAUUAGGCGCAUGCAACAACAUGCCUUGAAACUGGAGAUCGUUUUGGAUUACUUUAUUUAUUUGACAAGAAUAAAAACUGUUUCUUUGUUACUAAUUCAGCUCCGUUAACAGCGCUUAAUAAUCUUAAUAUUUUGCGUGCAAUGUAGGGUUGACAGGUUUUGUGUGCUUUGUUCUGCUCUAUACAAUAUUCAGUUUUCUUCUGCUAAAAUGGUUCAAAAGAACCUGCGAACAAACUAACAUUUCGUACCUGAUAAAUCUGAACAUGUAGAAUUGCGUUGACUCGCUCACGCCGAGAUUGUGGUAUUGAGAGUAUGCCUCAAAGUUUUUCUAUUUUAUUUACUCCCACAGAAUGGUUUAUAUUGCUGCAACAACGAAACACAACACAACACAUUAUAUUUGUAGAGAUUUUAACUUUUGGUGCUCCCGUUUUAAGGACUUUUAAUUUAUACAUAUAUUUUCCGCCCUAGAUCCCCCGAACAGAAGAAAAUAGAACGUAACACAAAGUUUAUGUGGAUUAGGGUUAUGCAUUAGUGACGUAUUUACAUAUUUAACACAUUCCGUUUACCGUUCGCCGUGUUGUUUUUUGUAAAAUAAACCUAUUUGUUAAGAUUAAGUCAAACUAGGUCCCGUGGCUUCUCAAACAUACAGUGCAUCAGUGCGUAGGUGCUUAUUCUUGUGCGCUUGCUUCUUGUGUCUUGGCCGAAAGUGUUGGGUGGGGCAGCGCGUUGCGAAAACCUGUGAAUUCAUCAAACCCGUGGAACAUGGAAUCGAACUUUAGAGUGAGCUGUUUUGGUUGGUUUAGCAAUUAAACGAAGGGCAAUAAGUGAACAGCCACGGAGGUGUCUGGUUGGAUAGGAUUUAUGAAACGAAUAGUAGUAGCAAGCAGAUGUAAGACAGCAAAGAGAGGUGAAACGCUAUUUUGUAAUAAGCAUAUUAAACCAGUGCAAAUCUGUAGCUCUUUGUACAGCCACGCACAUACACACUUGUAUAAUAAAGCAAAU